UUAGAGGGGGACCGAAUUUUUCUGCUACACCGGUCAUCAUGCUGUCUGAUAAAUGUCAAAGCCAGUGUAGGAAAAACGUUCCUUGUUCAGACAUAUUGUGAGUUUUUACACGUUUUCUUUUGAAAUUAGCAAGUGAUUACACAGGAACAAUGGCCCGGGUUGUGAAAGUCUUACAGACAUUACGAAAUCACUGGAAAAAGUCGACUGUUGCUGUGUGUGUGUUGUCUUAUGGUGGACGCUGGUUAUACGGGAAGCACUGUGACCAUGUACUACGACGAGAGGCAUGUCAGGAGGCUAGGGGUUGCAGUGGAUGACUUGAUUACAAUGCCUGUGAGAAGGAAACACAUCCUGGAAUUUGGUCAGAAAUUGAUUGGACCUCAGGAGUCACUGCAGAAAGCCACAGUAAUCCUGAAUCCUGCAGCAUGCAAAGGAAAGGCUAACAAUCUGUUUGAAAAAAACGCAGCCCCUAUUCUACAUCUUGCUGGCAUUGAGGUUAAAAUUAUAAAGACAGAUUAUGAAGGACAAGCUAAAAAGCUAAUGGACCUGAUGGAACAGACUGACAUGUUGAUUGUUGCCGGAGGUGAUGGAACCCUGCAGGAGGUGAUAACUGGCUUACUGCGCAGAGCUGAUGAGGAAGCAUUCAGUAAAAUUCCCAUUGGCUUCAUUCCUUUGGGCUCUCGAAACUCCUUGAGCCAAAGUCUGCAUGUUGUUACUGAUGACAAAGUGAAAUGCAUCACUUCAGCAACGCUGUCUAUUCUGAAAGGGGAGACAGUGCCACUGGAUGUUCUUCAGAUAAAGAGUGAGCAGGAGCAGCCGGUCUUUGCUCUCUUAAGUUUGCGCUGGGGUUCCUUCCGAGAUGUCGCAACAUCCAUUAGCAAGUACUGGUAUCUUGGACCUUUAAAGACAAGAGCAGCCCAUUGGUUUAGUACACUUAAGGAGUGGCCACAGACGCACCAUGCUUCUGUUUUGUACCUGCCUCCCACCCCUCGACCAUUAGACCUGCCUGACGUGAAGCCUGUGAGACCCAGUCUGCUCUAUCGCAUCUAUCGGAGACUUCAGAACUACUGGACGCCUCCUGCAGAGGAGCCCCAUGUGGAGGCAGAACCAGAGCGCUGGGAGGAUAAACAGAUCUCUACACUGGAGCUUACAAUCAGCACACACAACAGGAAUCCAGUGAAAAAACGGACAGACGACUCCCUGGUGCUCUCUGUGGAACCAGACACACUUACAGUGGGACAGUUCAUCACAGAAGGGACUAAAAAAGCUGAAAACCCAUUAGAGUACACAGAGAAGGCACUUCAGAUCGAGGCAAGCGUAUGUCGCCUCACUGUUCCCCAGCAGGACGCUGGCUUUUUUGACAUUGACAAUGAAGCGUUUGAGGCCAUGCCAGUGGAAGUAAAGCUUUUGCCACGAAAACUGAGGUUCUUCUGCAGCUCAGAGCGCAGAGACCAGCUAGCAGAGAUCAACUGACAGAGAUGUGUGCUGAAACACAUCAUAGGGAAAGUAUUGAGCUCGGCUCUCUUAUUUAUUGGACUUAACCAGCUAACUCCACAGCAUCCUGAUGUCAAUAUGUUGUCAUCUGUAUUCGAUGGUCGAAAGAUUCCCCUUGGAUACGUACAAUGCAUCCAAGCUUGAAAUGAAUGUGCUGCAAUACACAUAGCACCAGAAAGCUGGGUGUGAAAUGUUUGCUUUGCUGAACAUGUCUGCAGUGGAAGGAAGGUAGAGGACACAACACCGUUUGCUUAAUAUAUAACAAACUCUUCUGUUUGCACAUGGACCAAGGACCAGACCAGAAAUAACAGGAAUCAUAUGAAUCAUUAUUACAAAUGAUCAUGUAACAGAAGCCACAUUAAAAACAUGACCAAAAGCA